AAGAUCAUAGGCAUCAGGGGAUCAGGCUGUCUCUGCCGCUGCUUGCAGAGGGAUAACUUCUCAGGGACCUGUAACUAAGUUCUUUGCCUUAGUUGUGAUAGAACGUACAUCGAUAAACUUUCUAUAGCUAAGAAAAUGCCACAAAAUGUGGUGCUACCUGGACCUGCGCCCUGGGGAUUCAGGCUAACUGGGGGCAUUGACUUUAACCAGCCACUGAUAAUCUCAAGGAUCACUCCAGGAAGUAAAUCUUCUCUUGCUAAUUUAUGUCCGGGAGAUGUCAUACUUGCAAUUGAUGGAUACGGUACAGAGAACAUGACACAUGCAGAGGCCCAGGACAGAAUUAAAGCUGCAACAGACCAACUCUGUCUGAAGAUUGACAGAGCGGAAACUAGAAUGUGGUCCCCACAAAUUUGUGAAGAUCCUUAUAAAAUUAGUCUUGAAGCUGACCCGCAGGAUUUGGCCUACUUUGAACACAAGCAUAAUGUGAGGCCUAAGCCUUUUAUACUCCCAGGCAGAAGCAGUGGAUGCAGCACACCUUCAGGCUUUGAUCCUGGCAGCGGACGCAGCACUCCUUCCACAGCAAGCACUGUCGGCGCUAUAGAUCCUGGUGAGCUCAAAGCUGCCUCUAGAAUUGCACCUAACAUUCCUUUGGAAAUGGAUCUCCCUGGUGUCAAGAUUGUUCAUGCCCAGUUUAAUACACCGAUGCAACUCUAUUCUGAUGACAAUAUUAUUGAGAGCCUACAAGGGCAGGUGUCCACCAUCCUAGGGGAUAAACCAAUAAGUGAUCCAGUACCUACCUCUGUGCCUCAGUCAGAUGUAUAUCGUUACCUUCAUGAUGACACAGAACACGAAAGCAGGCCCAAGCAGUCCGGCUCUUUCAGGGUACUGCAAGACAUGGUUGAUGAUGAUGCUGACCGUAAUUCAGUAACAAGAAGCGUUCGAGCUCCGGUCACAAAGCCCAACACAGGAGGUGCAGCUGUGCAGAAAGUUCCACUGUGUGACAGAUGUGGAAAUGGAAUAGUAGGCACUGUGGUGAAGGCCCGGGACAAGUUCCGUCACCCUGACUGCUUUGUAUGUGCAGACUGCAACCUAAACUUGAAACAGAAAGGAUAUUUCUUUGUGGAGGGCCAACUGUACUGUGAAGGCCAUGCAAGAGCCCGGAUGAGACCACCAGAAGGAUAUGACGCCGUCACUCUCUACCCAAAGGCUUAAAUUGCAGUUAGUUUAACACACAAGGCUUAAGUGUAAGCCGCCCUUCAUAUUUUAGGAUUGAACAUGGAAUUUAUUAGUAAAUGUGCUUUCAGAUGAUAUAAAAAUGGAGGUUCAGUAAUGCAAAAACAGAAAUCCCUGGGGAGGAGAUCAUUUAAAAUAAAUCCACAAACAAAACCAGACAAAUUGGGGAUUUGACUUAGGCGAAGUAAAACGAUUUCCAAACAGCUGGUUGUAUUUAGCUGCAGCAACUUUGCAAACGCAAUGUUUCCAAAAAUUAUCUCAGCCAUAGGGUACAACCUAUUAUAUCGUUUGGAAUUUAUCAUUUUUCAGUUAAAAAAAGUCACUGCACUGUUACCAGCUUUAAAAAUGAAAUAGCUGCAUUUGCACAAAGCACCUACCACAUUAAAUAUAAUUUAGCUUGUUAGGAAUCCAAUCCACAAUUUAUGAAAUUUAAUAAAGAUACAUAGUUUACAUAACUAAUGGGAGUUUAAGCCACAUUGUGAAAAAUAAAAUGCAGCUUACUGGACAGGAUAACUUGCUAUCUUACAUUGGUGAUAAAAGUCAAUAGUGCAAAAACAAGUCCUGCAAUAAUAAGAAACCAAAAGGUAUCCAAAAACGAAAAACCCCUUUAGAUUGUUUGUAUUACACAAAGUAGCUGUUUCUAUAUUUUAUUUAGGCUCCGUUUACACUAUAAACAGCAUGUGAAUUGCACAGGAACCGCACCGCAUUUCUGAUCCAAGUCACAUGCGAUUCAGUGCGGUGCAACUUGAGCCCAUUAAUUUUGACGUAGAAAGUUGGGUACACUAUACGCAAAUCAAACGAUCGUGCCUUAUUCUCAUAGUGCGUACCCAGCUGCAAACAAAAAUACCAUACAACUUCAAUUAAAUACAUCUGAACGUCAGCAAAUGUAGAAAGUGACAAUGCCGUAGGCUUGUCAAUGACAAAGUCACUAGAUUGGACUGCUUUAUAAUAUACACUGCUUUACUAUGUCUGGUAUCAUUUCUGUAAGUUUGAAAAUAUAUAAAUCCAGUAGAUUCGUAUAAUACUUUGGUAGUCCUUCAAAGUUUACUAAAAUGUUCUGCACUAUGGCAUUUCUGCAUGACUCCGGCACAUACUUUGGUGCCCUAAGACUGCAAUUCCUGCUUUAGAAAUAGUAUGUUCUUUUUAUUUUUUUACGUUUGUGAUUUCAGAUCAGUGUGUCUACUAUUUUGUUGUAUAUGCAAAAUAAAAGUUUUUUUUUUUUUUU